AUGGCCGCUAACGAGGGCACAGCACCCGUCGAGCGCGACUUUCAGCAACUCUCGCUCGACCAGCAGCAGCGGCGACCAGCGGGAACUGGGGAGCGAGGAACGGGUGAUGAGGAUGCGUCACCUCGUCUCGACCCGAGCGGGCGGGGAGGGGCGCCCUUGACAGAGCCUCCUGCCAAUGGAGGAGCUGUUGGAACGGCAGAAGGACAGGCAGGGGUCGACCAGCCCACGGCGGUGUUGACCGAGGAGGCAGUCGGCAAGCUCUCGUCUCGCUCGCCCAUCAACGGCGGGACGAGCGACGACGGAGCAAAGGGUGGUUCGACUUCGACAGACGGGUCGACCAUCUCGACCCUCUCGUCGCUCGGAUCUACGAGCUCCACCUCGUCGCUCUCGCCGACUCCCGCGCCAGGUCCCUCGACCACCACAACCCGCUCUCCACCCCCGUUGCACCCGCGCGCUUCCGCACCAGCAAUCGCAGGUCCGACCAGUCCUCCUCCAGCCGCCAACGCAGGCGGUGUGCGGAAAGUAGGAGGAGCGCCGGGCAGACAAGGCGGUCCGUUGCGGAUGCCGCCCAGUCUCGCCGCAAAGAUGGCUGCAAUGACCUCCCGCUCCUCGACUCCCUCCUCCUCACCCGCCGGCACCCCCUCCCCCACCUCGUCCUCCCAACACCCCCUCCGCACUCCCUCAGGCUCCACCCCCUCUCCCGCUCUCGCUCCGCGUCCCCCUCCCCGUCCUCCAGCCACCCACGCCCCCUCAGCGCCCGCAGGGCGUAUAGGCGCUGCGGGCCCACUCGCAGGUGGAGGGGUGAGGCCCGUCGGAGGAAUGGCGGCGAGACGGAAAGGACCUGGAGCGGGAUUGACGCUCAGUCAGAUGGGUCUCAGCGCGAAUGCGGCAGGAGGAGGAGGAGGUGGAGCGGGGAAGGGAGGAGUCGCGAUGAGGUUGCCGCCUGGAUCGGGGGACGAUGGAGAGGCGCAGAGGAAACCGGGUAGUCCGUCUCAGAGCCGAAUGGGACAGGCGGGAGGAGAAGCGAUGGGAGGGACGCCGUUUUCCAACUUUAGGAAGAUUGUCGACCCCUCUGGCCGCCUCAACUUUGCCUCGAAAGCGAUCCUGCAUGCCGACGGCGUCGACUUUUCCUCUGGCGCCUCGUUCAAAGUCAAGAUGGACGACUUCGAGUUGUUCGAGGAGUUGGGCAAGGGGAAUUACGGGACCGUGCAGAAGGUCGUGCAUAAGCCGACGGGGGUGACGAUGGCGCUCAAGGAGAUCCGCCUCGAGUUGGACGACUCGAAGCUCAAGACGAUCAUCACCGAGCUCGACAUCCUCCACCGCGCGACCUCGCCCUACAUCAUCGAUUUCUACGGCGCCUUCUUCAUCGAGUCCUGCGUGUACUACUGCAUGGAGUUCAUGGACGGCGGGUCGCUCGACUACCUUGCUGGGACGGAUAUCCCCGAGGAUGUGUUGGCCAAGGUCACGAGGUGUAUGGUUGAGGGACUCAAGUUCCUCAAGGACGAGCUGAAGAUCAUGCAUCGAGACGUCAAGCCGACGAACGUCUUGCUCAACAUGAAGGGCUACGUCAAGCUGUGCGACUUUGGCGUCUCGGGCCAACUCGACCGCAGUCUCGCCAAGACCAACAUCGGCUGCCAGUCGUACAUGGCCCCCGAACGAAUCAAAGGCGAGAGUCAAGGCGCGACGACCUCGUACACCGCCUCGUCCGACGUCUGGUCCCUCGGCCUCAGCAUCAUCGAGACCGCAAUGGGCCACUACCCCUACCCGCCCGAGACGUACUCGAACGUGUUUGCGCAACUGACGGCGAUCGUGCAUGGAGAUCCGCCGACGUUGCCGGACCAGUAUUCCGACUUGGCAAAGGACUUUGUGGCAGAGUGUUUGAGGAAACAGGCGCAUACGAGGCCGAAUUACAAACAGUUGCUCGCCCACCCCUGGCUCGAGUCGGUCAAGGACAAGGAUGUCGACGUUGCUGGCUGGGUCGCGCGCGCGCACGAGUACCGCAAGACGCACCCAAAGAUCCAGGCGCCGGCGCUCGCGUGA